AUGAAGAAAGUAUUGGGUUUAUUCAUCAAAGCUCUUCGUUCUAUUCCUGAUAAUACACAACCAGAAUUCAAAGACAGAUUCAGACUAAAAGUUUCAGAGUAUAUAACCCAUGCAGAAAAACUUAAGGAAAAACUUAAAAAGGAAUCAGAAAAUGGAAAUUAUCACGAACAAAUUGUUAUAGAGGAAGGUGCUACUGGUUACAGUUACAAGAAGGUUUUUGGAAGAUUUCUUGAAGAUGGUACAGUUAGCAAAGUUUGGGUGGAAGAUCCGUAUAUCAGAAAUAGUUAUCAAAUUGAGAAUUUUUCUCACUUUUGUGAAAUCAUCGUUCAAUCAGUGUCGAAGGUGAAAAAUAUUUAUUUAACCACCGGAGAAGAUGCCCAGCAUCCAGAUGAACAAAUAGAAAAGUUUAAAAUGUUAAAGGGUGAUCUAGAAAAGCAUUCAGUUACUUUUGAGUGGACGUUCUCGGAUACCUUACAUGAUCGAGAGAUACGAUUUGAUAGUGGAUGGAUUGUUAAAAUUGGUCGUGGGUUGGAUUAUAUACGUCGUCCUGAACAUAAAUUUUGUGGUCUCGGUGUACAUGACUAUGACUUUCGGACAUGUUCUGCAACAACUAUUGACAUAUUUCAUUCUUCUAUUUUACGUCAAGAUACAUAAAGAAAUAUAUAUGAACUUUCCUUUUUAAAAACUAAUAUAGUAUAUGAUGUUAUUAUCUAAUUACCCUGAAAAUAAAUCAGUAAGAGGAUGAUAAAAAAGCCUUGACGACCUCAAACAUACAACAUUUUGAUAACUUUCCAUUAUCAUUAGUCUUUCAUCUUUUUUGAAAAAGAAAUUAUGUUACAGAACCAUUUUUUAACUUUAACAGUUUUUUUCUAUGUUUUUUACUCAUUUGGUC